AUGGCAUCCAGGAAACCCCACUCCCUUUAUAGUCAUAGAUCUUCCAUCUUAAUUAACCAUUUGACUUUUGCUGAUGAUGUUAUUAUAUUUUCCAAAGCUUCGAAACCUGUUGUUAGAUUAUUCAUGCAGUGCUUGGAGAAUUUCCAGGAAGUUUCUGGAAUAAAGUUGAAUGGCCAGAAGUGCAUUUCUGUUUUAAGCAAACAAUGCAAGAGUGAGUUUAAGAAAUGGGUUUCUAACUUCACUGGCUUUACCAAUAGCCAACUUCCUGUGAAAUAUCUAGGGGUGUUUCUUAUCAAAGGGAGAACUAAAAAUUUUCAGUUUGAUCAUAUUCUAGAGAAGAUUCAAAGCAAGUUGCAAGCAUGGGAGAAUUCUUAUUUAUCCAAUGGGGGUAGGAUAACCCUUCUGAAAAGUGUUCUAUCAGCCAUUCCAUCUUAUCUUCUGCAAAUGAAUGUUAUGAAAAAGGCUACUCAAAGAUUAUUGGAAGGAUUGGGGGACUCUCCUAUUUGGAAAAAGAUGUUACAUAUUAGGGAGGAUGCUGAACAAAUGUUUUUCUGGGAGAUUGAUGAUGGUUUGGUUAACAUCUGGUGGGAUAAUUGGUUUUUGGAAGGCAGCCUGCUUCAAGAUCAAAAUGCUCCAACCUUCCCCAAGUAUGUGAAGGAUCUAUGGGAACAUGAUAAGUGGAAUCUUAAUCCUCUUAAUCCUAUCCUUCCUAUCCUUCCAUUCUCUGGAUGGCCUCUUUUCCUUUGUAGAGAUGGCAUUACACGAUAUUACUUGAUGCCACCUUGGAUUUAUGUAUUUGGAUGUAAUUCCCAUUAUGGAUUCACAGUUUCUCUGGGAUUUACCUAA